CCAUGACAAUCCAAUUGAGGCGACAUCUUGAAGCAUGAGCGUUGUGAACAUCUCGUGCACCGCUACAACAUUUUUCACAACGUAAAAAAUCAUCAUCCCGGUAUUUUCCAACGUUGAUGAAGUAAAUAGUGUCAAAAUAAAGCAUCACAAUGGUAUCCCUUAACCCCGUGAGAAUUCUGAAGAAUGAAGCUGAGGAGGAGAAAUCCGAGAUUGCUCGUCUGAGUCUCUUCGUGGGCGCUAUUGCCAUCGGCGACUUGGUAAAAUCAACACUUGGUCCAAAAGGUAUGGAUAAAAUUCUCGUCGCCCAUGGACGCAGUGCAGGACAGGUUCAGGUCACGAAUGAUGGUGCCACCAUUCUCAAGAGUGUGGGUGUUGACAAUCCGGCCGCUAAAAUUCUUGUCGACAUGUCAAAGGUUCAGGAUGAUGAAGUUGGAGAUGGUACCACAUCCGUUACUGUCCUGGCAUCUGAAUUACUGAAGGAAGCAGAGCACCUGGUGGAACAAAAAAUUCAUCCUCAGACGAUAAUAGAAGGCUGGCGUCGUGCUGCGAAUGUAGCACGAGAGGCUCUUCAGAACGCAGCGGCCGAUCACUCGGCAGAUCCCAAGCGUUUCCGAGAGGACCUCCUGAACAUUGCGCGAACGACCCUGAGUUCAAAGAUCUUGUCCCAGUACAAGGAACACUUCAGUCAACUCGCAGUCGACGCUGUUCUCCGCCUGAAGGGAUCUGGAAACCUCUCGGCCAUCCAGAUAAUAAAAAUCCGCGGUGCCACCCUCGGCAACUCCUUCCUGGACUCAGGAUUUCUGCUGGACAAGAAACCUGGUGUCCAUCAGCCACAGAGGAUCACCGAUGCCAAGAUCCUCAUCGCCAACACUCCCAUGGACACUGACAAAAUCAAAGUGUUUGGCUCUAGAGUCCGAGUGGAUUCUAUGGCGAAGAUCGCUGAGCUCGAGGUCGCUGAAAAAGAGAAGAUGAAGGACAAGGUGGAGAAAAUCGUGAAGCAUGGUUGCAAUGUCUUCAUCAACAGACAAUUGAUCUAUAAUUACCCCGAGCAACUGUUCGCGGAUGCUGGGGUUAUGGCUAUUGAACAUGCUGACUUUGAUGGAAUCGAGAGACUGGCUCUCGUCACUGGGGGAGAGAUUGUCAGUACUUUCGAUCAGCCCAAACUUGUCAAACUUGGAAAGUGCGAUUUAAUUGAACAAGUAAUGAUCGGUGAAGACACACUCCUCCGUUUCUCUGGAGUGCCCCUCGGUGAGGCUUGCACGGUAGUCAUUCGUGGAGCAACACAGCAGAUUCUUGACGAGGCUGAACGCUCCUUGCACGACGCUCUCUGCGUCCUGACGGCAACAGUACGCGAAUCGAGAAUAGUCUAUGGAGGUGGAUGCAGUGAAAUGAUCAUGGCCUGUGCUGUCAUGAAGGCAGCCGCAUCGACUCCAGGGAAAGAGGCAGUCGCCAUGGAGGCCUUCUCUCGCGCUCUCCAGCAAUUGCCCACGAUAAUUGCUGACAACGCUGGCUACGACUCGGCGCAGCUCGUUAGUGAGCUGAGAGCCGCUCACAAUUCUGGGGUAUGCACUGUUGGCCUCGACAUGGAGAAUGGAAAAGUUGCUUGCAUGACCAAGCUGGGGAUCACCGAAUCUUGGGCGGUCAAGAGGCAGGUGCUUCUCAGUGCUGCUGAGGCUGCCGAGAUGAUCCUUCGUGUUGACAGUAUCCUGCGAUCGGCACCACGUAAACGUGUCCAAGAUCGUGGACACUGUUAAUUCAUCCAAUUGAAGAUCUAACGACUAUUCAUUUAUUCUCACUCAGAGCAUUGUUAAGUUGAUUAAGCUGCUUUUUCAGGGGAUAAUUCUUGUGUAAACUCAAGUCAUGUUCCUAGAAUGAUUGAAUUGAAUGAGGAUUGAGUCUUUUUACAUUUUUCACUGAUACCUUAUAAGUAUACGUGGGAAUUUGAAGAGAUGAGGAACUUUGGAGUAUUGGAGAAAUGCCCAAAUUAUUGGUCAACACAUUUUCAUUUUUUUAAUAACAAGUACCAUUUUUUCAUGAAUAAAUGCCGCAAAUAGUA